GAAAUAUAUUUUAAAAAUACUCUUUCCAAAUAUAUUGACAUAUAUUUGAAAUGCUACAAUUUUGGCCAUAUUCAAUAUAUUUCAAUAAAUAUAUACCGUAUGUUUCGCUGCAUAAGAUGCACUUUUUUCCCCCCAAAAAAGGGGGAAAAUGUCAGUGUGUCUUAUGGAGCGAAUAUGGAGCGGCCGGUCCGGUAUUUCCACCGCCGCCGUGUCAGAAUACCGGGCCGGCCGCUCAGCUCUGCAGCGGGACCUUACCUGUUCCUCUAUCCAGCCCCGCGCUGUCUUCCCGGCUUCUGUAGUGUGGGCGCUGGGCUUGACAGCCGGCCGCCGGACCAAUCACAGAGCACAGCGCUUCUCGCUAAUGCGCACUGGGCACCCGGCUGUCAAGCCGAGCGCCAUUACAGAAGCCGGGAAGACAGCACGGGGCUGGAUAGAGGAACAGGUAAGGUCCCGCUGCAGAGCGGACACUACACAAAGAACAACUCUGUGGAAGUAAGAGCGGUCUCUGGUCAUCCCCCGUACUGUGUCCGCAGUCUCUGGUCAUCUCCUGUACUGUGUCCGCAGUCUCUGGUCAUCUCCUGUACUGUGUCCGCAGUCUCUGGUCAUCUCCUGUACUGUGUCCGCAGUCUCUGGUCAUCCCCCGUACUGUGUCCGCAGUCUCUGGUCAUCCCCCGUACUGUGUCCGCAGUCUCUGGUCAUCUCCUGUACUGUGUCCGCAGUCUCUGGUCAUCUCCUGUACUGUGUCCGCAGUCUCUGGUCAUCUCCUGUACUGUGUCCGCAGUCUCUGGUCAUCUCCUGUACUGUGUCCGCAGUCUCUGGUCAUCUCCUGUACUGUGUCCGCAGUCUCUGGUCAUCUCCUGUACUGUGUCCGCAGUCUCUGGU